GCUGCAAGCCAGCGUCCGCAGAAGCUUUAAGCCUCGAAAAUUCAACCGGCAACGGUACUCGGAACUCCGUUCGGACCAUUAUGUAAGAUUAGGCAAUCUGCGAACACACAUCCACUUACAUACUCGCCCAACUCCCCCACUUUGCGGCUGAUUCUAUUUGGCAAGUUGCACUUGAGUGAUUUUUCGGGCUUCCAAAAAACGGAAAACCAACAAACCUUUGAACAUUCGUGCAAUAUGUAAAGCGGCCCAAAUGACGUAGCCAAGAAAACCCGACAAAGGCUGCCAACCAAAGAUCGCGCAAUAUCAAAAACCAUUAUCGAAAGUGAGACAAAACCUCGACAAGAAAAAAAAAACAAAAAAGUGCCUACCGUUUUGCAGCAUUUUGAGACCAACAUCGGAUCCGGAUCGUCAACUUUUAUGGCCAACGUCGCGAGGAUUUGCUAAGCCCCCGAAAUGGGCCAAGUUGUUCGGUGUCAGUUGGUCAAAGUGCGUGCCGAGCUGUGAACUGUGAACCGUGAUUAUCGGUUGUGGGUGUGAAGAAAAGCGCUUGGGGUAAACCAGAAAAAGUUGAGCGGGUCAGUGGUGAAACUACUGGAGGAUUGUGAAAACCAGAAGGUGAAGAGACUUGAAUCAAAGGAACAUUACUGACAAGCUGCCAGUCGCGAGACGAGCAUGGAGAUGAGCAGAUUGCCCAAGAAGAUGGGGCUCCUGAGGCCGGUUUUCCUCAUCGUUCUGCUGAUAGAAGUGCAGCAGCCCAUCAGCGGAUUGGAGCAGAGCACGGACUACUCGGUGGUCAGCAAAACGGCAGGUGUGGCCACCACCACCUCUGCACCACCCACGUUGGUGCCACCACUGCGUAUUUUCAAAGGACGCAUUCAGACCACAACUCCUUCCUCGAGAACUUCUUCUGGCAGUCGUCCUUUGGCCGCAGGAGGUGAAGCUCAGCAGGAGCUGGUUGGCCUCUCCUCGAAAUCGUAUAUUUCUGGACCCACUACACAACCCUCGAAGUUGUCCAAAAGAGCUGGACUAGCCGGACCAAAAAAGUUCCCCAAAGAUGUGCGCAAUCGCAGCAGCAAUGCUGUGGAACGCAACAAACUGCAACAUGAAGUGCCUGAUCAUGUACCGGAUUCCUCUGGCUAUAUUCCCCACCGCAUUGGUCCUCCUGUGCAUUUGGAUUAUGGUUCCACGGGAGUGGAUUCAAGUGGAGCUCCCACAGGAAGCGGAGGUUAUCAUGCGGCUCCCUAUGAAAACAGCAAGUGGCAGGAGGAGUACUGGGAUCAGGAAUACGCAGGACAUCAGCACCAACACAAUGGAACCAGAGUUCAGCACAUUGAAGCAGAAUGUCAGGAUGACUACAUGAAAAUUCGGAUUGGUUUCAAUGGCUCCUUUAGUGGUUUGCUUUACUCAGCUGGCUAUGCUUAUGAUCCGGAUUGCAUGUACAUAAAUGGAUCUGGUCGGGAUUACUAUGAAUUCUACAUACAACUAAAUCGCUGUGGCACUUUGGGAAAGAAUUCUUUGCAAGAAGAGAGUCGGAAAAAUCCCACGAACUUUAUGUGGAACACCGUAACAGUGCAGUAUAACCCACUGAUUGAGGAGGAGUACGAUGAACACUUCAAGGUCACCUGCGAAUAUGGCUACGAUUUCUGGAAGACCGUGACCUUUCCCUUUCUGGAUGUAGAAGUGGCAACUGGGAAUCCUGUGGUCUUCACCUUAAGUCCCCCCGAGUGUUAUAUGGAGAUCCAGAAUGGUUAUGGCAUCGGAGGUCCGAGAGUGACGGGUCCAGUGCGGGUGGGCGAUCCCCUGACCUUGAUCAUCUACAUGAGGAGCAAAUAUGACGGCUUCGACAUCGUGGUCAACGAUUGCUAUGCACACAAUGGCGCCAACAAGCGGAUACAGCUCAUCGAUCAGCACGGCUGUCCGGUGGAUGACAAGCUCAUCUCACGCUUCAGGGGCUCCUGGUCGGACUCCGGAGUGUACGAGACCCAGGUGUACGCCUACAUGAAGACCUUCCGGUUCACUGGCUCCCCGGCGCUCUACAUUGAGUGCGAUGUGCGGAUGUGUCAUGGGCGGUGUCCAAGCCAACCGUGUCACUGGAGAAAUCUGAAAGCGGUGACCAAGAGGGACACCUCAAAUAUGACGGCCACGAAUCUUUCCAUUCCUCCACUUUCCGCAGAUGGCGAGGGUUUCACCACCGAGAAUCCACCUGCAAAUUCACUUUCCGAGAACGUGAAUCUUUUCCAGUCGCUGCGAGUUCUGCAGGAAGGUGAAACCGAUGGGGACGAUGUAUACGCCCAUCGGCAGACUAAACCAUUAUCACGACACCAGACAUGUCUAAAGACCUCCACGUUUUCGGCACUGACCGCUGGCUGUUCGGCGGCAUUGUGUGUGCUCACUGUAACGCUAUUCAUCGCCUGUUCCAGACUAAAACGCCGGAAGGAAUCCUCACUGUACGACUCCUAUAUAGCACACAAAGGUCAAAUCGAUUGAUGAUGCCCAAAUUUUGGCUUUGUUCUGAGCACAUUGUGUAUAUAGUUUAUGGUCCACAACAUUCUGUUUUAGUUAGAGUUAAGUUUGCUGUAGUCUUUUUUUAGGUUUUGCGUGCUAGUUUAAGUUUUGA